UCUCUUCUGUGUAAACAAAAGUGAACAGUAACAAUUUCCACAUUUGCGUUUUUAUUGUUGUUAUUUAGACGUUUAUUAACACCCUGUAACUUAAAAUAUGACUAAUUUAACUGCACAACUUCACAUGCUUACCCCCAGGUAGUGUUUAAUUCACGUUGGAGACAGGACUUGGUUGAUAGAUGUUAUCUAGGUAACGCUAACUAGCUAGCGAACAAUGGCUAACGUUAAAUGUAUGGUUUUUCACACUCAAAUAGCCUCCAUCAUGGAGGUGCUAGCGAAUGCAGCCGUGGAAGAUAUCUGCAAACUCGUAGACGACGAUUAUGCAGUGUUUCGUUUGGAAAUAACUCAAAGCCAGAAAGAAAACCGGGUAUUGCGGAGGAAACUACAGCUUCAGGAACAGAAGGUAUCACGGGAGCGCGUCCUCUCCAGUCGUCCCAGAAAUGUCAAGAUUCUUCACAGAUACAGAGGAAUGGCUAGAGGUGAAGGACAUCUCACUGGAGGCCACAGGAGCUUUGUGAAGCCAGCGGGACACAAUACAUGGAGAGAUGACCAACCAAUCACCGUUGAUGAGGGGAGUGGAACCUCAACCCAGCACGUUAUCAUGAUAGAGGAGGAGGAGGGUCCAGAGGGGGUGCUGGUGAAGGAGGAGGGGUGUGAGGAGGGUCUGGGGAACCCUGAGGGCACCAUGGUCAUGGAGGACAACCAGACUACACCUCCUCCUGAACUCACAGAAGAACCAGCUGAGCAGCACAGGACGACACACAGCCUCACUGAGUCAAUAGACAUGGAGGAUGGGAAGCCUGAUCUGCUGUUGGUCAAAGAGGAGACAAUAGAGGAUGGACCAGAGAGCAUUGAUCUUCUGAGUGGACUAAAGAUGGGGGAGCAAGGUGAUUGGAUGGAGGAUAAAAGAGGAGACUGUGCGGCCAUCUUCGAUUCCCAGACACAGACUGGUGCAGGCAAGGGCCUAGGGGAUGACAUCACUGAGCAGGCCAGGACCAGAGGCGAGGUCAGUGGAUGGGACAGCGUCCUCAACUCUGGGCUGGGGAACAACACUGUUAACUACAACCAGAAACAGACAGUCGAACACAAAACACCAACUGAAUUUAGUCUCCAUGACAACAGACUGGCUGAGACCAGGGCGAGGUGUAGAUUUGGUCUGCGGGGACAGGGAGGUGUCCGUAUGCAUCAAAAGAGAACAGACACAGACUCUACUAGCGAUGCUCCGUCCUGCUCCUAUAGUUGUGAUUCACAGAGACUGAUGGCACCUCAGGUUAACCCCCUAACAGGUGCUACCUUCAGCCUGCCUUAUAUAGGAUCUAUCAACUGGAACAUGGACCCUGUGACAACACAGACACUCCCUGGCCUUCAUCCUCCUCACACUCUCCUCAUUUUAAACCAGACCUCAGACGAUACCAGUGUCUCAACACUUAAUAGCUACACAAGCCCAUUGACAAAUGACAGUAGUAGUAGUAGUAAUGCCAUCAGUAGAUCUGGCGCCAAAGAGAAGCGCUUCCCAUGUUCAUUCUGUGGGAAAGCCUUCAGUUUCCCCAAACACGUGGAGAUCCACCAGAGGAUGCACACGGGGGAGAAACCAUUCAGCUGUAGCCAGUGUCACUUGCGCUUUGCCCAGGCUGGCCACCUGAAGAGGCACCAGAGAGUCCACACAGGGGAGAAACCCUACAGCUGCCCCCAGUGUGAGAAGAGGUUCUCCCGCCAGCCCCAGCUGAAGAGGCACCUGAAGGUCCAUACGGGAGAAAGGCCAUUCGCCUGUACGCACUGUGGGAAGAGGUUCUCAGAGAGGAGCUCUCUCAGGAUACACCAGCAGAAAAUGCACACAGCCCAUGUAUAGAGUAUAGUGACAUGUAAUGUAGUACUAGUUAGUUUGUAGUUCAUUCUGUUGGUUUAGGAUGUAGUAGGGAACUGGAUGAGGUAGAAUGAGUAUGAUGAGGCAGAGUAGAUGAUAUGGUGAUGGUGUCUGUACAAAUGCUUCACUGAUGAAGAGGGACAAACUUUGUCCCUUUCAGGUUGAUGCUGGUGUUUUAUAAUAAGGAAAUGAUAGUGCCUUAAUUAAUGUUUACUUUAAAUAAAGAAGUCAUGUGUAAUGUUAA